GCGCUGAGACAGGGUCUGUGUCGGGCGGAGUUGUGACGCGCGGGGAGGGGGCGGGCCCUGGCCGCCACGCGACACUCGGGACCCGGGGAGCGCCGCGGGCCGCGACGGCUGCAGUGCGUCCGCCGCGCCGCCAGGGGCCAGCGCGGGCGGCCGGAGGAGCCAGAGCGGGACCCGACCCUGCCGAGCGAGGACGCGGAGCCCCCCGAAGCCCGGCUCCAGCAUGUCAGUACUGCCCCUCCCCACGCGGCGUAUUCGGCCCCAUCGUCCCCGCGCAUGCGGGCCUCGAGUGGCGGCGCUUCCUCGCACGCCAUCCCCGUAUUUGUCGUUCUCUCAGAUCACUCCAAGCCACAUCCACUCGGAGUCAAGCUCUCAAAGCCCCCGACCCACUUUGUCACCCACUGGGUGGGAGGGGAAAACCGAGUAAUGGGGGAGGUCGCCGCCUCGUAGGACCCCAGGAGCCCUGCCCACAGUGGGCGGGGCGGCUCCGAGGGGGUGGAGCCCGCGGGGAAGUCUGGGGCUCCAGACCCAGGGGCGGAUCCUGGGACUUCCUUCCUCUUGGUCCAGAGGUGCGGCUGUUGCGGAGGUGGCUGAUGCAGGGUGGCUACCAAACUCAGGCCAUGGGGAACCAUCUGCAGGAGCCACGUUGCUGUGUGACUGAGCCAGGCCUCUUGCUAGUGCUGCUCGGGACCAUCUGGGGAGAGCUGGCGUUAUGUCCAAAGCAUCCCGAGCUGGAUGGAGUUGGGGAUAUGGCCAUGGGCUUUGUGCCCUGGGCAGGGAAGGCAGUCCAAAGUGGGUGGAAAACAGCCUGAUGAGUGGGUAAGUGGUACUCCAGGAUUGGCUAGCUGGCAGGCACGGCCCAGGUGGUCAGAAGGCUGGGACCUGGGAUGCAGGGAGAAGGAAGGGACAAGAGAGCCCCUGGGGUGCAGCUACGUUCCCUCCAAAGGGAGCCUUGGGUGGGUUUCAGCCAGGGGUCAUAGUAUCUAGUUUGCACAUUCUGUCCGAUGGCAUAGGACUGGAUCAACUGUCCUAGGGAGAACAAAGCUGUAACCAGAGCAGGCUGGGGCCAGGACUCUUGGGUUCUCUGUCAGCCUAUAGCCCUCAGCCACCGUUCAAUGUGGGGCAGGAUACCCUUGACCCAUGCUCUCUGUUGUCCAUCUAGUCAGCUCCCCCGGAUAUAGGGAAUGGUCUCCUCCAGGUCCUCUGUACCAUCCGGUGAGUAUAGGGACAAGGUGCAGCCCACCAGUUCAGGAUGCAUGGCCUCCCUGGCACCCUGUCAGCCCCUCCCUGCCCCAACCCCGUCCUCCCUCCUGGCACAGCCCAGCAUGGCUGUUGUCCACAGGAGGAGCACCCUUGUGGUCCGAGGAGAUGCCACUUCAUGGAGACUGUGGCCUUAACGCCCAGCCUGGUGCUGAGCCACCUGAAACCCAGCAGGAGAUGACCUUGGCUCCCAGCCGAACUCAGCUGGGCGUGGAUUCUACACAUAGGCAAGAGCUGACCCAAAGCCCUGACCCAGGGCUGACCCCUACCCCAGACCCUACACACUGGAUGGAGCUGACCCUGAGUCCCAGCCCAGCCAAGCCGAUGCUGGAUCCUGCACGCCAGCCAGAGCUGACCCUGAGAUCCAGCCUGGCCAAGCUGACCCCGGGUCCUGCACGCCAGCCAGAGCUGGCCCUGAGCCCCAGGCUAGCUGAGCUGAUCCCAGGCUCCACGUGCCGUCCAGAGAUGCCCCUCAGUUGUGGCUCACCUGAGCUGCCCCUGGAGCCCUCACAGCCCCCAGAGAAGACUCCAGCCCCCAGGCUAGCUGAGCUGACCCUGGAGCCUGUGCACUGCCGACCCGAGCUCCUAGGCGCCUGUGCUGACCUUAUCAAUGAGCAGUGGCCCCGCAGCCGUGCCUCCCGCCUGCACUCCUUGGGCCAGUCCUCAGAUGCCUUCCCUCUCUGCGUGAUGCUGCUCAGCCCCCACCCCACACCCGGGGAAGCCCCCAUUGUGGUGGGCCAUGCCCGCCUGUCACGGGUGCUGGACCGACCGCAGAGCCUCCUGGUGGAGACAGUGGUAGUGGCCCGAGCCCUGAGGGGCCAAGGCUUUGGCCGCCGCCUCAUGGAGGGUCUGGAGGCCUUUGCUCAGGCUCGAGGCUUCCGCCGGCUGCACCUCACCACCCAUGACCAGCUGUACUUCUAUGCCCACCUGGGCUACCAGCUGGGUGAGCCUGUGCAGGGCCUGGUCUUUACUAGCCAACAGCUGCCUGCCACCCUGCUCAGAGCCUUCCCCAGGGCCCCCUCCCCCCGGCCACCCUGCAAGGCCCCUGGCCUGACUGCCCAGGCUGCCCCAAGAACAACCAAGGGGCCACCAUUGCCACCACCUCCUCCCCUGCCUGAGCCCUUGACCACCACACCCCCACCUCCAGCAGGGGCCCCUCCACAAGGCCUGCCGGACACGCAGUACCAAGACCUGAGAGGAUGCCCCAUAUUCUGGAUGGAGAAGGACAUCUGAGGGCCUCCCAGGGCAAGGCACUCUUUCUGGGUCGGUGGACUGCCCCGCACAAUACCUGUGUCAGCCCACUGGCCAUACCUCAGCCUUUAGCCCCUGGGGCAGCUUAGUGCCAGUGCGGCCAGAAGAUGGCGCCACAGGUGUGGCUCAGAGCUGUCAGUGUGGCUGAAUAAAGACUUCUGUUAGGUGUGGCUGUGACAAUUUUGUUGACCCCUGUCCUUGCCUUCCAUUCUCAUCUAUGGUCCCCUGUCCCUACAGGAGCUCCCAUAUCUACUUUAGCCCUGAGCCAUAGAUGGAGGGACAUGUGCUCUCUGCCCCUCCCACUUUGCCAGGCCCAGGAGACAAGGGAGCAUGUGUCUCCUUUCACAUUCACUCGCCUGUCACCAUUCACUAAGGACCUACUUUGUGUCAGACCCUGGGCUGAGAACAGGCAAUGAGGAAAUAGGGUCUCCACCCACAGGGACAGGUAGGGGGGUGGGUAGGCGGGAUCCAUGCUGGGACAGGGAG